AUGAACUCAAUCAAAUUUGACGGGUUAAGUUAUCUCACUAGUAGUUCCAAUCUACAAACCAACGUGAACAUAACAGUCUCUGCAGAUAUAUCUAUUAAAAACUCUAAUGCGGCCUCGUUCAAGUUUAACGAGGCAACUACUACUUUGAUAUACGAUGACAGAGUCAUCGUAGAAGUUUUAACGCCAGCAGCGAAUGCUAAGGCUCGACGAACGUUUCGAAUGAUUGUGAAUGUCACAGUUAUGGUUGACAAAUUAUCAAGCAUUCCUAGGCUAGCAAGUGAUUUGGUGGCAAAGGAAUUGCCUAUGAGUAUGUCCACAAGUAUUAAGGGAAGGGUUAAGAUUUUGGUUAUUAAGAAAACUGUUGGUAUAGAAAUGAAUUGUAGUAUGGUAGUUGAUUUACAAACGCAAGAUGUUAAGAAUAUGGAUUGCAAAAAGAAAGUUUCUCUCUAG